UAUGGCAAUGCAAUUCCGGGUUAGGCUAAUGACUCUGGUAUUCUUGUAAAACAAAAAAUAAAAGAAAUACAAAGAAAAUACAAAAUCAAUUGUAAGUUACUUACAAUUAAACAAUAAGAGACGUUGGGCAAAUUAUCUACAUUUUGGAGUAAGACAGCACAUAACCAAGAUGACUUCUCAAACGGCAAGUGAUGAUAAUGUUACCGAACAAGAUAUGACUUUUACAAAAGAAUUAAGAGCUGCAACAAAAGAGGUUCAUAAAAUAAGUGACGUUUUAGUUAAUGCAAAAUUUGCCUUUGCCUUAUCUGACGAUGCUGUAUGGUAUGAUGGCCUGCUUAGUUUUUAUGAGAUCUAUAAAUUUUUAGAACGCAAUUUACCCCAAGAGCUAUUGCCAAAAGAAUUGCAUCGCACGCAGUCAUUUGAAAAGGAUUUUGAUUUCUUCUAUGGCGAAAACUGGAGAGAUACCUAUGAAAUACGGCCUGCAGUGCGUAAAUACUUGGACCAUUUGGAAGAAGUGAACAAAAAGGAUAAGCUACUAUUGUUUGCCUAUGCCUAUCAAAUGUAUAUGGCAUUAAUGUCCGGUGGCCAAUUGUUACAGAAGAAACGCAUGAUAGCUCGUAAAUUGUGGCCUGGCUCAAAUGGAGUGACCGAAGAAGAGGAGAAGCAGCCGUUAUCCGAGGAGCCUUCAAAUCCGGAUGAUUUAACAACAAGACCCAUGCCUGUACAAGUGUCAAUUUGUCCCGAAGGUUGCUCAGCAACAUAUUUUACGGAAAAAAUCACUGUCUUAAAAGGGAAAUUGCGUAAAGUUCUUAACGAUAACUAUGGGAAAUUUGAUGAACAGAUGAAAGCUGCUUUUAUAGAGGAAAGCAAAAAUGUUUUUCUCUUCAAUAGUGAUGUAGUGCGUUCCAUAAAGGGGGUCAAUCGUGCAAAUAUACGCAAAUUGGCUAUUGUUGUUGUCUUCUUUGUUAGUAUAUAUUUUGCCAUUAAACUAGCCAGACGUUAAGGAGGAACAAAAUUUAAUCUUUUUUUAAAUUCCCAAAAUUGUUGUGUCUUUAAUUAUUAAGAUAAUUAUGACAAUGACACUUAUUUUAAAAAUUCAUAUAAUAGCAUUGCAUAUACAUUUUAGAAAAUAAAUUAAAAAUAAUUAGACUA